GGUGUGUGGCUCAGGACGGUUGUUGUUUCGAUUGAUGCAACCACUUGAAUGUUAUUCAUAAAGGAGUUGGAGAGAAGGAAGACGAGUUAAGCUAGGCUGGCGAAACCCAAACCGCAUCCACAUAGACUACCCGCUUUACGCAGAUUUUGUCGACGGACGUCUCCCUAUUGGCCUUUUCUCAGGAAAUACCUUCCGUGCGCCGGCGGAUGCUUUCUAAGCUGUAAGCGGUUCUCGCCGGCGGUUAUUGUGGCACAAACCCAAUCGUUCUCCAGGCAAAACCCGACCGGGGCUAUCAUCAAGAGGGCAUGAACGAAGCCCGGCAUCCCAAUCUCGCUCCUACCGGCUGCCAGGGUGUGGCGCUCGCCCGACAACGACCUGAGGGGGCGGCGCUCGGCGUGAAUUAUCUCUUGUCCGUCACCAAGAAGAGGCCACCUCUUCUAGGAGAAGCUAAACACCAGCAGCGUUGAAAG